GGGAUAUAUAUUAGUGAUAAUAUCAAGAUUCCUUCAGAUUACUUUUGAUUUCUGGCUUUGAAAUUGUUAAAUAGUUCAGUUUAUGAUAGAAAGACAACAAUUGAUUUUAUUCUUGGAAUGCAACUAUGUUAUUUAUCUCAGUUCACAUAUCGGAAUUCGGAUCGAUUAUAGAAUUUGCAAAUAUUGUUCUCACAUCCUAAACUACCAAGGAUCUUAAACUUGUGAUAUUGUUGAACAAUAAACUUGUACCGUAAUGGCAUUAAGCUGUCUUUCUCGCUUAAUAUGGGAGCAGAUAAUGAGCUGUUUGCCACCAGUGCACUUUUAUGAAGCCCGUUGUAUCAUUGGGGAAGAUCUUAUUGAUCAGACAUUGGAAUUAAAAUCUGAAAUUAUUUCUGUUUUAGAACUAGCCAACAAUAACGAUUCUUUUCUACCAACCUCUCUAGAUUCUUCAAAUUGCUCAACUGACGUGGAAUAUUUCACUUUCCUUUAUUUAAAUUCCAUCGAAAAAUCGAAGCACAAUAAUCCUGAUCAAACAUUUGAUGGUUUGAAAGAAGAAUCUGAACUUGAAUAUUACACUCAAAAAAUAAGAAAUGCUAUACUUGCAGAAAUCUCACAUUUGAAAACUUACUUACAAAAUAUUCAGAAUUCUCUUUUGGAAAACUUUAGUACGUUAAAUCAUGAACAGGAAAAUAUCAGUCAAACCCUUCAAGUAGAUUCAAUAUCAUCCAAACCAAAAACAGUUCACAACAAUUCAGUAACUAACCAGAAACUGUCUUGCGGUUUAGAGUUCCUCCUUAGUCAAAAUUUAAUUAAUGGGUUACUUAGCAAUUCAAAUGUUCCUUGUUCAUCAGUUUCAUUGUCAAAUCGAUCAUCAAGUGACACUUCCUCUUCUUCAUCCUUAUCCAGUAAAUCUAAGAGAAAAUCAGUUCAUGAUUCGUUGUCUCUUCAUCAGAAUUCGAAUCACUGUAGACAAAUGCAAAUGUUGUCUUUAGAAAAUAAAGCUAUUACAAAUAGUAAUAAUGUCCUACGGAAAUCAAUAACUACCUACAAAUUAUCCACCUCAGAGACAAAACAAUUACAAAAUGAUACAAAUCAAAAAUUUGAUGAACAAAUUCAUUUACCUGAUAUUUCAAAUUCAUUAACAUCAAAUUCAUUUAAACAAUUAAAACAAAAAUCUUAUUCAAUCAAUAAAUCUCAAUUAACCAAUCAAAAUGUAUUAUAUAAAUCAGAUUCAAAUCAAUUAUGUAAUAUAAAACAAAUAUAUCCUAAUGAUAAUCGUUAUAAUUCAGCGCAAAAAUUUCGACAAAUGAUAUUAAAAGCGCGUCAAGAUAGCGGAAAUUAUUAAAAAUCAAUUGUAUUAUUGAUUGUUAUUUGUUUUUUUCCAUUUAAUUAUUUUGAUAAUAUUAAAUCGAUAAUAUUGAUUUAUCAAAUAAAUAAAUUUGUAAAUAUUUUUCAAAUUUUCAAUAAAAUAUAGGAAAUAAGUGAUUGUA